CCAUUUACCCUUCAUUGCAAAUGAAACAAGAGUAGCUGAGAACUCAAUUAGGAUGGGCUUUGAUCAGCUGUCCGCUUAAAAAUAACCAUCUCUACAGAGAGCUUUAAAUAGCAAUUGUAAAUGUGUGUAUAUUGUUCCAGAUUUCCAAGGAAGAUGAGGAGAAAGUUUGAGGCCAGAAUGACCCCUUCCUUUGUAAUAUUUCCGUUUGAUCCUCUUUUCAAUCGUGCUAUGGGUUGACUAUUACAUUAAUACUAAAUUAGUCAAUAUAAACAUAGUAGUAGCAGUAGCCUACAUGCUACUAUAGGUCUUACCUAAUAUACAAAGUAAAGUAAAUUAAUAGUCACUCACAACAGAUUGCCUAUAGCAAGAAGGCCACCACCCACUGCGCAUUGUCAUUGCAAAACGCAGUUAUGCCUCAUCAUGCAUCAUGUGUGCUGUGCCUACUUGUUUCAGUUAGCAGGUGUUUGCAGGCAGCAGUGUGAGGGCACCGUCCGUUUGAAUCGCGACCGGUGCGACUUAACGGUGUGCAUUAAUCGAAGGCGCAAACACCACGGCGUCGCUUAUUCACUCAUUUUUCCUUAAUUCGCUCUAGCAGACGUUUGAUUGGCUGCCAAUGACAUCAUCCUCUCGCACACGGGACUCUCCAGCACCGAACGCCGUUCAAUUGACAAUCCCCGCCAACCAAAGACGAUGACGAUUCGACAACAACCCUCCCAUCACUGGUCUGGCGCUCACUGUAUGCCGCGGAUGAAUUGAAUAUUAAUGAAGCCGUGGAUUGGUUAGCAUACGUGUCAAUCCCAGAGCGGGACUUCUGUAGGUUGUCCGAGUUCCCUCAGUAUUAUUACUGGGGGAGCCACCGGGUAAAAGUCAAAAUGUUGCCCAUCUACAUCACCGGGACGAACUGAACAGAGGCAGCGUUUUUCCGCGACGGGGAAUAAUAUCCGUUUAUACUGCACGCAAGGCAUAACACAACGUUGAAGAAUAAUUGUCUAGCCACAACCUCAUCCCGUUGUUUGCCUCCUGUUGUGCUCUCCUGACAGUGCUGCGUUGACUUCUCCGUGUCCGUCCCGCCCUCGGCCUUCCCCAUGCCUCCAUCUCCUCUAGACGACAGAAUAGUGGUGGCGCUGCCCAGGCCGGUCCGACCUCAGGAACUCCAACUGCGCCUGGACGCCAGCUACCUGGACGCCAUCGCCAUCAACAGCGGUGGCGGCAGCAGCAGCAGCAGCAGUAGUAGCCGUCGUACCAGCAGCACUAGCAUCAGUAGCAUCAGUACUAGCAUCAGUAGCAUCAGUAGCAUCAGUAGCAUCAGUAGCAUCAGUAGCACCAGCAGCACCGGCAGCGGCGGCGGCGGCGGCGGCAAGACCAUCGUCAGCAGCACCACGCUGGUCCAGAUCCGAUCGACGACCGAUCUCGUGACGUAUAUGCCCUCAUCCAACGGCUCUACGCGCUCCUUGUCGUGUGGCUGCAGCAGUGCCAGCUGCUGCUCCGUCAGCACCUAUGAGAGGGACGCACGCGCUCACGCCCACCACGGCCACCACCACGCCCCCAGCCAGGUGAGCGCCAGCAGCCCCAACCUCAGCUAUGCGGGGCCGUCCUCCCCCAGCCCGGCGCCCACGGCGCUGGGCAGCCACGGGGCCGGGAGCACCCCCAGCCUCAGCUCCACCGGCCCGCCCCGGGCCCAGCACUCCUUCCGGGUCAUCCACCCCAACGAACUGGCCCGGCGGCUGGCCUGCUGCCCCGUGGGCCACCCGGUGGCGGGGCCCCUGCCUGUCGUCGUGGACUGCCGGCCCUUCACGGAAUACAACAAGGGCCACGUGCGCGGCGCCGUGCACAUCAACUGCUCGGACAAGAUCAGCCGGCGGCGGCUGCAGCAGGGCAAGGUCACGGUGCUGGAGCUGGUGUCCUGCCGCGAGGCCAAGGACUCCUUCAGGGGGGGGGUCUUCGCGCGCGACCUGGUGGUGUACGACGACAGCACGUCCGACCCGGCGCGGCUGGCCCCCUCGCAGCCCCUCAGUGUGGUGCUGGAGUCCCUGAGGAGGGAGGGCAAGGACCCCAUCGUCCUCAAAGGGGGCCUCCACGCGUUCAGGCAGUGCCACGAGCACCUCUGCGACCACUCGCUGCGGCUCCACGAGGGGCCAAACGGCGGCGGCGGCGGCGGCGGGCCCGGGGCGGCGGCGGCGUUGGCCGGCCACGCCGUCGGGCCGCUGCCGUCCAUGCCGGACAUCGAGAACGCCGAGCUCACCGCCAUCCUGCCCCUCCUGUACCUGGGCAACGAGCGGGACGCGCGGGACCUGGCCAUGCUGCGGCGCGCCAACAUCGGCUUCGUGCUCAACGUCACCACGCACCUGCCGCUGUUCCACUACGACACCGGCCUGUUCUGCUACAAGCGGCUGCCCGCCACCGACAGCAACAAGCAGAACCUGCGCCAGUACUUUGAGGAGGCCUUUGAGUUCAUCGAGGAAGCACACCAGGCCGGGAUGGGCCUGCUGAUCCACUGCCA